GGCACAGGCUUGAGCCGUCAGUCGCUGGACGAGGCGUCACACACAAACGCUGUACAUUUAAACGUGAGUGAAGCAAUUUAUUAUUUUUUAAGUUGUAAUUUUAAAGGAUUGUUGCCUUCAGUUGAGGAGACAUAUCCGUAGAGACUCUGGGAAAGAAUCCCUGAGUGACUGAGCAAAGGCUGAACGGGGAUUAAAACGGCUGUCGUCCAAUCACAAGAGUGGGACACACACACACAAACUCGUUUGGUGAUCCUGUAGGCUAAAGCAAGAGUACAACACACUUUUAUUUCAUUUUCUUUACCAGAGAUGGGACUUAUUGGCAUGAGGAACAGAGCAGGAGAGGCGUAAUGACGCCGGUGGUGGACGAGACGGCGAGCGACCUCCCGGUCCGGGAUGUGGGGCUGAUGAGAGGGGGACUGAUGCUAUCCGUACCAGACGCGCUGCGUGACGUCAAGCCAUGGAAGAGGCACCAUGUGAUGAAGACAAAAGCAGACCCUCAGCGGUUAUUUCGCUUUUCCAGGGAUCACCUGGAGGACCUGUGUCUGCGACUGCAGGAGGAGAACAGAGAGCUCAGACAGCACACGCGCUCACAAGAGCAAAGAAUACGCAGGAUGUCGGCCAGGCUCACUCGUCUUCGCCAUGGCCGUCCUGGAUCUGCCGGUGUGAAGGACAGGGACAUGGAGGAAACAAUGCAGGAGCUGGAGGCCCGAGUGGCGAUGUUGGAGAGCCAGAAAGAAGUGUUACAGAACAAGCUCAGCCUGGCCAAGCAGCACAUCCUGGACCUGGGGGCUCGCACGCCUUACAAGCUCAGUAAAAGUAAAAAUCUGGAUGGGGAGGGUGGCGUCAGGAGGGCGGCCCAGACUGCUCCGCCUCGAUACGGGCCGACGCUUGAGGACACCAAGUUGGAGAUUGAGAGAUUCAGGUCCAGUAUGACGGAGCAGGUGAGGAUGGCCGAGCUGGAGCUGACCACUCAGGAACUCAAGGAAACGCUGAGGGAGAAGGAGAGAGAGAUGGAGGGAACAGUCCGGGAGCUGAUGAAGCAGCAGAGCGACAGACACAGAAUUACCAUCAGAGAGAAUGUGGAUGUAAUCCGUCUGCAGAAGCAGCUUUCAGAGAAGAGCGCCGCGCUCAGGGUCACCCAGGAGAAGUUCACUGAGCUGCAGGAGGCCUAUGAAAGACAGCUGGAGGAGGGUCAGAGGUCACUGAGGGAGAGCCAGAGCGCUCUGCUGGAGAAAGUGGAGGAGCUGACUGGACAGCUGAAGCAGGAAAGACAGAGAACUCUGACGCUGGACGGGGAGCUCAGCACCACGACUCUGUCUCUGCAGACCCUGGACAAGCUCCAGGAGAGGAUAUCAGAUUUGGAAGGAGAGAGGGAUCUGAUUAAAGAAAACUAUGACGCUCUACUGAAAAGUGCUUUGUCAGGCCAAAGCCAAUCUGAUAACCAGCUAGAAACCCACAGAGAGGCCGUGCAGAGCGGGAAGAUGAGGGUGGAAAACAUCCAGAGCAUGGACAUUCAAAGACUGCAGGACAUGUUGCACGCAGAGAGGGAGGAGAGGAGCAGGCUGGAGCUGGAGCUGGAGAAGGAGAAACUGAGACAAGAGAAGAGGAUGCUGGAGCAGCACAGGGAGCGGGAUGGAGACUUCUCAGGGCUGAUGAUAGACAAGCGAGAGCAUCUGGAGAGGGAGGUUCUCCAGUACAAAGCGCAGAUCUCUACUCUGCAAGACAGGCUGGACUCGGUCACUAAGGAGUUUGACAUGAGUGUAGAGGACCUGAGUGACACCCUUUUGCAGAUCAAGGCCUUCAGGAUGCAGCAGGAGAGUAGGGAGGGCCUGCGCUUCCUCUCGGCCCAAGGAAAGAUGGCUGAUUCCCCCCGUGAGCUUGCAAACAUCCAGGCGUCACAUGCCGAGACCGUACUCGAGCUGCAGAAGACCAGGAACCUGCUGCUGCUGGAGCACAGGAUCACCAGAGACCUGCAGGAUGAAUUAAAUACGAUCAACCAGAAGGUGGAAAGAGAGAGGGAGGAGAGCAGGAGGAGGAUUGCAGAGAAAGACAAACUUCUAUCAAAAAGAGCUAUGCAGAUCAACACUUUACAAGCCCAGUUGAAAGAGUUGGCGUACAGCCCCAGGAACUACAAACGAACCGUACCGCUACAGUACACCUGGCCAGCUGGAGAUCAGGAGGUGGUGCAGCCCAUCGAGGAUGACUUGUCUUUCUCUCAGCUAAAGGCCGGGGAGUCACUGCUGGAGAUCCACAUUAAGGAGGCCACUUUCACGCCAGCGGGGCUCCGUGUCAUGGGCCACGUGCAUCCAGGAGCAGACAAAAGCGAAGACAUCGUGACCUUCUGCACCUACUGCCUUUUGGACUUUGAGCUGCACUCUACGCCGCUCGUGUCGGGGAGCCAACCCAACUAUGGCUUUACGUCCCGCUACGCUCUGACGGUCCGGGACCUGGGAAGACUGGGAGGUCAGGGGUCAAGGGUCCGAGUGGAGCUCCACCAGGCAUUGGGAGGGGUUCAGUUUGUUACCCAUGGAGGGGCACAUAUGUCGCUCAUGGGCGCCAUGGAAAAGAGAGGGGAGCGAAUCAGCGGACGCGUCAACAUCGCAGGGCAUGAGGGUGAAAUUGUCGGCAUCCUGGAUUUCUGGGUGCGCCUCUUCCAUCCUGCAGAGCUCAUGGACGCUAUGGCAGACCACAGGGCUGCGAGAUCAGCGGUCACACAGAGGAAUCCCGUCCAGAUGUCGCUGGGCUGGCAAGACGGCGGGCAUGAGGAGUUACACGACUACGGCGGUGGAAUCCCAAAUGAACUGGUGGUCGUGCUGGAGCGCUGCGUGGGGCUCAACGCUCUGUGGCCGGGACUCCUUCCUGACGCCUACCUGACGUACAGGUUCUACGACCUGCCGCCUCACGUCUCUCAGAUGGUCCAGUGUGCAGCCGAUCCGGUGUUCAACGAUGCCACCAGCUACCCCCUCGCUGUAACAGCUGACGUCUUGCACUACCUCAGGUCCAGCAGUUUAUGGGUGUACGUGUUUGAUGACGGGGAUGACCAGGUACCACCAGCCUACCUGGCGAAGACUCCCAUCCCACUGCGAGCUCUGGCAGCAGGCAGAGACAUCAGAGGCGAUUAUGUUCUGAGAGAUCCGGCAGGAGGACCUCGAGGCAUGGUCAGAGUCAUGGUGAAGUGGAAGUACCCCUUCCAGCCCCCGAUGGACGCGCCGCUUGGUCCACAGGGGAGGAGAGCGGAUGAGCAGAGCGAGCGGAUGGAAGGCGUCGAGAGGGACGAGAGAAGAAGAGAGCAGGUGUCACAGAAGCCCGUCGCGAAGCCCCGAGUGAAGACUCAGCAACUUGAGCCUAGAGAAACCAAAGCUGUGCAGAAAGACACAAAAGCCUGGCCUCGGCCUCCAACCGUCACACAGAAAAGCUCCCAGGACGUUCGAUCGGAGCCCACCAUCUCCGUAAAACCCCUGGAUACUCGUCCGUCGGCAGGCAGGAAGAGGCCUGCCAAGGCGACAGCUGAACUUUACCAGAGGAGUCGUCACCUGACACCUGAGCCACGACUGGCCAAGCCCUCGCUCUGGAAAACUACCAAAUCUUCAGUGGGAUCUUCCAGACAAUCAACCACCUCACUGUCGAGGAGAAGCUCUGUCAGCGAUGCCCGGAUUCAGGACCUUUCCUCCGUGGAUCAGGUGUCACUCAUUGAAGGGGAGGAGGAAGAGGAGAGGACUGAGAGUGGAGAUAAUGAAUCUCCUGAAUCUUCAGCAUCUACUUCCUCACAAAGUGACAUUGUCAUCAUUCCAACGAAGAGAAAGACAAGGAAGGGAAACAAGCUUAGAGUUGAGAUCCUGUCACUUUCCUUUGAGCCGUCGUCUCGCGUGGCGCUGGACGAGUCAGUGCAACGUGUAUAUGUGGAAUAUCGGCUGCUGGGCGUCCCCAUGGAGACGACAGAGACGCCCAUGUCCCUCCGCAAGCCCGGGGAGGGGGAGGAGGUUCACUACAACUUCACUCGAGUGAUUCAUGUGGACGGCUCACAGUGCACUCCACUCAGACAGUAUCUGUACACCAUGUUGGAGGGGACAGACCCCAACCAGGGCAGGUUAAAGUUCACGGUCGUCAGUGAGCCGAUGGAUGACGAAGAGGAGUGCGCGGAUGUCGGACAUGCUUUCUUGGACCUGCAGGAACUACUGCUGACAGGAAAUGAUGUCAUCGAACAGCAAAUUGACAUUUUGAGUGUGGAUGAGGACGAGGAGGUGAUUGGAAAUCUAAAAGUAUCGCUGGAGGCAGCCAAGGCACUGACCGGGAUAUAUCAGGAGUUUCACCAUCAAGAUGCUGAAGAACAGACCGAAGAUGAUGAAGAAGAAGAAGAGGAAGAUGAAGAAGGGGGGAAGAAAAAGGAUCAGAUACCAGUGCUGGAUCGUGAUGAUGACAGUGACUUCUAUUGAGUUUAAAAGCAAAUUGAACACAGACGAGUUUUAAUUACAAGGAGGAGUCUUUGUCUUCAUCUUCAACAUGUGAACAAGAAGAAAAAAAAUCUAAAAUACAAAUGUCAUUUAAGUUUUAUGUCUGGUUAUUUCUGCGUCUCUUUUGUUUUUCUGAACAAAAAUAUGAUUUAUUUUUGGUGACAAAACUCAGGAUCUGAAAUUCAUGUUCUUAAGUUCUUUAUGUUACAGCUUGCAGUCUUUAAAAUGAAAUGAAAAUACUGUGUAAAACAUCAUGCAAUUAUUUGCAAAAUAAAAAACCUAUAUUUAAGAAUUUCAACACAUUAACUUUUGGAACUAGAAGUUUUUAUAUAAAAUCUUUACGUUUCAUACAGCACAUUUCACUAAAGUCAACAGGGACAGCUUUAACACCGUUUUUGCUUCAGCUCUCCUCCUGUGUUUGGGAACAGGAAACAAACGGAAAAUGUUUUCCCAUUAUGUCUUGUUAUAGGAUUACAGCUGCCAAACAGGUCAGACUCUCCUUUGUGAUCAUUUUCUUUCCACAUUUCCCGAAACAUAUGCAAACAGGCUAGUUUAGGCCCAGAUUAUUACCACAGAGCCAUGCAGCCAUAGCAUGUGCCAAACAGUCCGUCUUGCUCAAGUAAGCAAAGUCUUCUCUGAAAAACAUACAUAACUGGCAACACUUAUUGCUCAAUAUUUUGUUUCCCAUUAGUGUUCCCGUUACAGAUACAAGUUGUCCAUGCCAUGUGGGCUAAAUGCACCUAGCAGGGAUAAUAAACGACAUGUUCCCGCUCGUCUUUGGCAUCAGAGCUUUAAAUGUGUUUUACCUCUGAGGAAAUGGCAGCUUCUCUGGGUCUUGUUAUAUAUUUAUAUUUUUUCUUUUCUAAUGUUGAUGAAGUCACACGUUUGUUCAUUUAUGAUGGUUUCCAGGAGUAUUCCUUAGAAAUGAUAAAUACAUGUAUUUGUUCUUAAUGCAGUUCUGCCGAAUGUCAUGAAGAUCAUAGUUGUUCAAUAUUGGUAUUUAACUUUGUUUGUCGUAUUCAGCUCUAUUACUUUUCUCUUAAUAUUUUAAUUAUAUUAUUCAGGCUGCUGGGGAGCCGCUUUUCUAUGUUUCAGUCUCUAAUAAACUAUAUUCCUUUGA